AUGUCUACUACUUUUCAGGGUUGGAAUUUUACCUCUAAUCAAAACUCGGAUGAGGAUGGCCAUAUUAUUCUUAUUUGGAAGGAUACAAUUGACGUUACCAUUAAGCUUCUCACCCGUCAGUCCAUUACCUGUGAAGUUAAGCUACCUUAUGGGGAUCAGUUCUACUAUACUGCAAUUUAUGCAUCCAAUUUAACAGAAGAGAGAUCGAACAUAUGGAUCAAAUUAUUGGAUGCUUUUCAGUACCUCAAGCUUAAUAUGUAUCCGUGGUUGGUUGGCGGAGAUCUAAACCAAAUUGUGCACCCUGUGGAGCAUUCAGAUCCUAUUGUAAACAGCCUUGAUUCACAAAUAAUGGCCUUAAGAGACUCCCUUAAUCAGAUGGGAUUGUUUGAUUUGAACUAUCAAGGACCGCUCUUCACUUGGACAAACUGUCGGCCUUCUUCCCCAAUUGCGAAAAAGCUUGAUAGUGUUCUUGUGAACAUGCAGGUUGUCUCCAACUUUCCUCAAAAUCCAGCUGCUUUCUUGCCUCCUCUAAUCUCUAACCAUUUUCCUUGUAUGCUUAAUCUAGCAGUACCCUUGCCAACGGUGGGAACUCGUCCCUUCAAGUUCUUCAAUUACUUAACAAAGCAUCUGAGUUUCUUGCAAGUGGUGUUUGAUGCUUGGGCUCAACUUGAACUCAGACGUUUUACUCUAUCAAAUCUCUGUUGGAAGCAAAAACUAAUCAAAGGAGCUCUAAAACAACUCAACAGGGAUAAUUUUUCUCAAAUUCAAGUGAGAGUUUCAGAGUCUUACCAUCAGCUACAACGAAAAUUCUCGUGGUUUUCUAAUAAGCUUCUUAAGCUUAGAGAUGUGGCGUUCACCUGGAUGAAGAGAAGGGUCCGUGACGGGAAUAUAAUUCGGUUCUGGUCUGAUAAUUGGACUCCUUUUCGUUCCUUGCUAUCGUUUCUAGCUACACCAUGCAGGCCAUCUCGACUCGGUAUCUCCCAAAAUGCAACUGUUUCAAGCAUCUGCCGCAAUGGGUAUUGGGCUCAGCCCCCUGCAAGAUCAGUCAACUUUGUUAAUCUUCAGACUUAUCUCACAACAGUGCAAUUAUCAGAGGGGGAAGAUACUUACGAGUGGGUUAUUAAGGAUAUCCUGAAAAAAGCGUAUUUAACUGGCGACGUUUACAAUCAGCUUCAAGAGCCUGUCCCUUAG